UGCAUAAGGGAAGUACCGCAGUGACUUCAGCUCUGUUCUCCGCUGCGUACAUGUCGGCCAGGGUUUUUAUCAGCUAUUCAGAACUAACGGGAUUCAUCAAUUACUUUUAAACUAUAUAUAUAUAUAUUGUUUCCAUAUAACGGCACAGAAUGGCCACCGACUCGGGCUACGGUGGUUCACAAAGCUAUGGAUCAUAUGGCGGUCAGCAGGGUGGACAGGGUUAUGGACAAGGAAAUGGCAGUGGCUCUUAUGGGGCACAGACUUACACUGGCUAUGGACAGCAAGAUGCUUAUGGUCAGCCUCAGCAACAGAGCUAUGAUAAUUAUGGACAGGAUUCAUCUGGGUAUGCCGACAAGUCCUCAUCUUCUUUUGGACAACAAGGUUCUUAUGGACAGCAAGGUUCCUUUGGUGGCCAGGGGCAGGGAGGAGACAGCUUUGGACAGCAAAGCUCCUAUGGCGGCCAGGGACAGGGUGCUGCUGGAGCUGGUGCUGGUGCUGCUGGUGGUGGUGGUGGAUAUGGUAGCCAGGGGCAAGGAGCUGGCAGCUAUGGAAGAUGGAGUGAAGGUGAAGGUGGUGGUCAGGGUGGGAGGUUUGGACGUGACCAAGGAGACCGUUCAGAAGGAGGUGGCUAUAGAGGCCGAGGCCGUGGUGGCUAUGACCGUGGCAGUUAUGACCGCAGUAGUGGAUAUGACCGUGGUGGAUACGACCGCGGCGGAAGAGGUGGACCUCCUGGUAUGGGAGGUGGUGACCGUGGUGGCUACAAAAAUUACGGUGGCUCUCGAGACUACGGCUCAAGGGAUGAACCAGCUGGAGAGCAGGACAACUCUGACAACAACACCAUUUUUGUACAGGGGCUGGGAGAAGAUGCCACAGUCCAGGAAGUCGGCGACUUCUUCAAGCAAAUUGGUAUCAUCAAGGUAAACAAGAAGACCGGCCAGCCAAUGAUCAACAUUUACUCUGACAAGGCCACCGGGCGGCCUAAGGGAGAAGCUACAGUGUCAUUUGAUGACCCGCCCUCUGCCAAAGCAGCUAUUGACUGGUUUGAUGGCAAGGAAUUCAAUGGCAAACCCAUCAAAGUAUCAUUUGCUACCCGCAGAGCUGAGUUCACACAGAGAGGAGGCGGCGGCAGAGGGGCGCGAGGAGGUUUCAGAGGUCGUGGUGGUGGAGGGCCCAACUUUGACAUUAAGGGAGGAGACUGGCCAUGUCCCAACAGCUCCUGUGGCAACAUGAAUUUUGCACGGCGGCAAGAGUGUAACAAGUGUGGUGCACCCAAACCAGGAGAUGCAGGAUUUGGAGGUGGAGAGCGUGGAGGCAGAGGAGGCUAUGGUGGUGACAGAGGCGGUGGCUUCAGAGGUCGUGGGGGUUUCCGCGGGGGAGACCGUGGCAGCUACGGAGGAGGUGGUGGAGGAGGAUUUGGAGGUGGCUACAAGAUGGGAGGAAGAGGUGACCGCAGAGACGACAGAAGAGACCGGCCAUACUAAGCGUUGAACAGAUGGAAGCCAUUCCAGCCCUUGAGUUUGCCGUGGAGGGAGGGUUUAGUUUGGGAAAACUGCGAAAAAGGAUCGGGAAAGGGGAUAGAUCAGAUAUUCUGAUUUGUGUACCUUUUUGUAGCCAGUGCAUCCCAACUAUUACUGUUCAUCUGUGAGUGAGGGAAGCAUGUGUUGAGCUAAUGUGAAGGGACUUCGGGCUGAUUGGAACUGUUGGCAUGUGGUCAAAUGUUUUUUUUUUUUUUUUUUUUUUUUUUUUUUUUUUUUUUUUUUUUCUAUUUCUUUGUACAUCCUUUUUAAUUUUCUCCCAGAUUCUAGUUGCGGAUGUUUUGUGAGGUAGACUUCAUACCAUUGUUUUGUAUGAACGAAUAAAAUGUUUUACUUGGGUUUUUUUUCCAAAAUGAUAUUAAAAACUGUGAUCUUUU